AUGACGUGUUUACCUAACAAUAAUCGAUGUAAAUUAUUAGUCCUGGAUAUUGAUAUCAAUCAAUUAAAUUCUGAUGAUUUACGAAGAUUUUUUAUUCCAUAUGGCCCAAUUGAAUCCGUUGAAAUCUUUCCAAGAUGUUCGGCAGCUAUUAUUUAUUUUGUUAGUUAUCUUAGUGUUGAUCGUCUUGUUAGUUAUCGUACAUAUUUAAUUCAUCAAAAUUAUGUUCGACUUCGUCGUUUUCGAUUGGAUCAAACCAAUUGGAAUAUUGAUUGUCGAACUUUACGUGUUAAAUUUAAUACUACAACUAAUAAUAAAUUAACUGAAUUAUCAUUAGCUCAUUGCUUUAAAGAAUAUCAAUCUUAUAUCGAAAAAAUAACUGUAUAUCCUAAUAAUCAUGGUUUGAUAUUAUUUUCGGAUUAUAAUUAUGUAGAUCAACUUCUUCUUUUACCUGUAAAUGUAUAUCAAAUUAAUAAUAAAACACUUACACUUGAACGAAUGAUACAAAAAAAACGAGAUCCAAUUGUAGGUCGAUUAUUAAAUCAAAACGAAUAUUUAUUAAAACAAUUACGAGAUAAACAAAAUAAUUCACGAGAUGAUAUUGAACAACUCGAAGCUGAAAUAUUUAUAUUAAAAAAUGAAAAUGCACAAUUAAAUCAAAAUAUUAAAACACGUCGUCGAGUACUUGUCGAUAUAUCAAAUAGAUGUUCAAAUGACCAAUAUCAUCGUAAACGAUCACGUAGUAAUAGUAGUGAAAAACCAAUAAAACGCCGUUAA